GUUUGAAUACUCUGACCCGCGGCGGGCUCUCCUCAGGAGAGGUCGUUUUCGUGCCUGAGGAGACGUGUGCUUGCUCGGUGGAGGGGCGUUCUGGGCUCUGAGGCUCAGAAAUUUGAUUAAGAAGAUGGAAACUUUUACUCCAAAGAAGAGGAAGCAACAUUCCUUGAAUGGUGAUAGCCUUUUAUCAGACAUUCCAUCAAAGAAAUUAAUUUUGGACCUUACUGAAAAUCUGUUUCCAUCACCUGAUUUUUGUCAGAACAAUGAUAAAAAUGAAGAAAAGGUGCUAUGUUCUCAACAAGACCAUUUCAUUUCAAAUCUACUCAAAACAACUGAAAAAAAUAGAUUGCCAUCUGCAAAUCAAGGUUCACCAUUUAAAUCAGCUGUAGCCCCUGUAUCCUUUUACAACAAAGAUAAAUGGUACCUCAAUCCACUGGAGAGAAAGCUGAUAAGAGAGAGUAGAUCUGCUCAUCUGAAAACUAAUAAUGAAAAUAAAUCUUUCCCUAGUGUGAUAGAAAAUAUUCAGGGAAAACCGGUCUGUUCAAAGAAGAAGAACAAAAAACCACAGAAGAGUUUAACUGCUAAGUAUCAACCAAGUUAUAAACAGAUAAAGCCUAUAUCCAGGAAUUCUAAAAGUUCCAAACAAAACCGAGUGACCUAUAAGCCAACUGUGGAGAAAGAGAAUAAUUACUGUCCAACUGAAAAUAAUAUGAAUGCUCCCCGGGUAUUAAGCCAAAAAAUAAAACCACAGGUUACACUUCAGGGUGGAGCAGCAUUUUUUGUUAAUAGAAAAAAAUCCUCUCUUAGAAAGUUGUCUUUGGAAAAUAAGCCAUCACUGGAACAUAUCCAAAAGAAUAAAUCAGAAGUGAUGGAGGAUUGUGAUUCAGAGACUGUCAGUGAAGGAAGAACUUUUGAGACGAAGCAAGUGCCAAGGUGUUUGUCACUAGAAAAAGAGAAUUUGAACAUUGAGCUAUUCAGGACAAGAAGCAAAAAUGAAGAGAAAUUAAUAAAGGAUUCAUCAGGUGGAGUAGUUUCUUCAAGGGAAUGUAAACUUAGCAAACAUUUUCCUUCAGAGGAUUCUCUAAGUCAGAACAAGACAAGUGUUUCUCCCAAAUCUGUUGUCUAUCCCAUCUUCAGUUUGUCUUCAGUCAAUACAAAAAGAUCUCUAGUUGAAGAAGACUCUUCUGUGGAAUCUAUCACAUGUGCUAACUUCUUGAAACAAACACAGAAAAACACUAAUACCAGAGAUACAAAUAGAGAAACAAAAGACCAGUUCAUCAUUGAUGCAGGUCAGAAACAUUUUGGGGCUACUGUGUGUAAGUCUUGUGGCAUGAUCUAUACUGCUUCCAACCCUGAGGAUGAAAUGCAGCAUGCUCAGCAUCACCACAGAUUUCUGGAAGGAAUCAAAUAUACAGGCUGGAAAAAAGAACGGAUAGUAGCGGAGUUUUGGGAUGGCAAAAUAGUGUUGGUCCUGCCACAUGAUCCAAGUUAUGCUAUCAGAAAGGUAGAAGAUGUUCAAGAACUUGUUGAUUGUGAAUUGGGCUUCCAGCAUGUUGUACCCAAAUGCCCAAACAAAGUCAAAACUUUUCUCUUUAUAUCUGAUGAAAAAAGGGUAGUUGGAUGCUUAAUUGCAGAACCCAUCAAACAGGCCUUCCGUGUACUCUCCGAACCAGCUGACCCAGAAUCCUCUAGCUCUAGAGAGUGUCAUAGGGCUUGGCAGUGUUCAAAUGUUCCAGAACCUGCAGUCUGUGGGAUAAGUAGAAUCUGGGUUUUUAGACUGAAAAGAAGAAAGCGCAUUGCAAGACGACUGGUGGAUACUGUCAGGAAUUGCUUUAUGUUUGGCUGUUUUCUCAGCACCGAUGAAAUAGCAUUUUCUGACCCAACACCAGAUGGCAAGUUGUUUGCAACCAAGUACUGCAACACCCCAAAUUUCCUUGUAUACAACUUCAAUAGUUAAAGCCAGUUGCAACUAUAAAACAGUUUACUAUGUGAGUACGUUCAUAUAGCCCUUACAACAUAAGAUGAACUAUGGAAUAACUGUCAAAAGAUACCAAGACUUAUGCAUACACAGCUCACAAUUUUAUUCCUUUUGAGGUGAAAGGGAUAAAUUUGUUGAAAAUUAUCUGGUGAUGCAAAGGAAAAAUAUAUUUGGAUAAUGUCCCCCAGUUAGCAUUCUGAGUGUUUAAUUUAGAAUCUUUAUAGCUAGAGUUGGAAAAUUAUUUGUCCCUUAAAUAACAGCAUUGACAAAAGCAAGAUGGUUUUCUAUGGAAAUAUGACUGCUGCCUUUUAUAGUAGACCAGGAUUAUCUCAAUGUCCCAACAGAAAGAGGCAAAUUUAAGCCCAGGCAAAUAAUUUCCUUCCUUAGUUUUUAAAGGUAAUUUCUGAAUUCUCUAUACAGUGUUCUCACUUUAUAAAAGGCACUUAUCUAUAGCAGCUCAGGUUCAAUUUAUUGAGAAAGUAUUUUGAAACAAGAUAUCUGAUGUCCAUUUAUGAAAAAUAUUAUACCUUAACAUUUUAAAAAUUAAAUGCAAAGCUAUCUUAAUUAAAAUUAUACUUAGUGAUUGCACUUUUAUCUUGUCAUUAAUUUUUGUUGUGCAAAGAUGCUGGUAUUGCUAUUUAAGAAAUUUAUUGUUUGAAGUCAUUAACAAGAUAUGGUUGGUUAGAUUAGGUGAUCCAUUUGAUUUUAAUAUUUUGCCAGUUUAAAGUGCACACAUCUGGCAAAACAUUUUACAAAAUGUAUGGUAAUAAGACCAAGGUUAGUAAAUAUUUCCAGAUUGGUGGACCAGAAAACACAGAAACAUCGAUUAUAUAAAUACUGUAGACCUAAAUAUGCACACGUUUUUCUAGUGUAAAGAGCAAAAAAUUAUUCAAAUUGUUUUACUUGUUAUCUGCCAGUAGGACUUUCCUUUUCAAGGGUGUAACUGUAGAAGCUGUCUAUCUGCAUUCUAAUUGGCCUGUAAGUUAUGGUUCCAAUGUCUAGGGUUAAAGAAAUGUGAAAGUAUCAAAAUGUGUGUAGUUAUGCAGAUCUUUUAAUGCUGUUUUCUGCACUGCUGCUGUUUUAAAUUCUUUAAGAUAUUUUAUUUAAAGACAUUUAACAUUUUGUGUGUUCAAUGUUAU